AUGAACCCGCCCAAGUCCAUCUUCACAGGAAGCAACCCGAGACCAGAAUCCGCGAACCCGCACAAUCGACACCUCAGCACCCCCGAAUAUCACGAGUCCCUCACCCAGGGAGCAGAGGCGCCGAAGCCUUCUACUCCCCUCGAGCACCCUGCCGCGUCCCCAUCGAACCAUCCCACAUGGCUACCCGGUGCGCCAGCUAACAGCGGCAAUCCUUCUCGGCAGCCCGCCUCCGUGACAGCGACCAGCGGCGGCGCGCAUCGGCGAGGAGAGACUGUAAGGACGCCACCGGCCGUUGCGGGAACGAAGCGGUCUGUGGCUCCAGGACGCCCUCCCGAGCCCGCGAGCGAUCCCGUGCACAAACGCCGACGCGUAGACAGGUCGCGACAUACUCUAGAUCACUUCAGCUUGCCCAAGUCGGCGCAGCUGAGAGACAACGGGCCCCCGUCGCCGCUCUUCUUCUCAUCGCGCCGCACACGACCACAGCUGCCCGCGCGUUUCUCCAGCUCCGAAGCCGCAGCAAGGAUGCUCUCCAAGACGCGGGGGGAAGACAGCGGCAUCAAGACAGUCACACUAGCGCGCGGCACCUUCAGUGGCCUGAGCCCGCCGGGGCCGACCAGCACAGCAAGUGGAAGGACCUCCUCCGAACGGUCGAGCCUGCCGCGGACCGCGUCUCCCGAAGGACGAGAUAGAAACGAUCCGCUUAGAUUGCUUGGAUCUGUUGGCAUUGUCGAAUUGCUUGAGCAGGAUACCCGCCCGACCUUCAUCGUUGACAUCGGUGACGCCUUGAAUUACGCUCCAGCCACGUCCAGUCUUCAGAUACUGUUCGCGAAUAGCGCAUUGCGCUCAAGUUCGCCAAUAUGGGAGCUGGUAGCAGGCAAGUCGUUGAACCAGACGUCCGACCACCCAACUGCACACGCAUCGAACCAGUUUAGAGGGUGGCUGCUCAGUACCGUCGUACAGGGCGAGAGCCUAGAUGUCAAUCCCCCGCCUGUCGAACAUGGUGCCAUAGUGUGGUCUUGCUAUACAUUAAGGAAGCGCCUGCGUGUCAUCUCGGGCGCCGUACCUUCUCGUGCUGCAAGCGUUCCGUCCACAAACUCCUCGAAUGAAUUCGGUAUCCCCUCAGCGUCUGCUGUUACUUCUGGCACUGGCAUGGACGGUUCUGCAUCUGCUACGGCAAACGAACCUCAGGAUUACUUUGGCAGCACUGUACCUACCAUCGUGGAAACCUUGGAUCAGGAGCCGACUCCAGAGCUUACGGCGCCACACAAUAAUACAAGCAACAUCCAGUCCGGCGACGACGCCGUCGCGAGGCAAUUCCGGCAGCCUGACAGGCUAGACUUAGCGACUCUAGAGGGUCACCCCUCUUUCACCAACGAGUGCGUUCUGCGAGCUCACUCUGCAGGCGACGUUGACGCUUUUCAUAGAGAACCAAGCCCGCCGCAAGAGGUCGAUGUUGGGUUCUUCGACUGGACAAGACUAUCCAUGUCACCGUCGCUUCCAAGGCAUAUUCAGUUCGCGCGCUCAGUCGACUGGGCGUCAACUCCGCUAGGCCCAAUCGAAUACUGGUCAAAUGACUUGCGGGCCAUGUGCAACCUGAUAAUGGCGAGUCCUCACCCUGCUGCCAUGUACUGGGGUGAUGAACUUGUGGCCAUCUACAACGAGGCCUAUAUCGGGCUCGCUGGUCAGAAGCAUCCGGCUCUCAUGGGGCAAAGCUACAAGGUUGCGUGGGCUGAAAUUUGGGACGACGUCAAGGAGGUUUUUGCAAACGCAAGGUUGACCGGACAAGCUACAAUGAAGGAUGAUGACUGCUUGUUCAUGAAGAGAAGCGGAUUUCUCGAAGAAACAUACUUUUCUUGGUCCAUCAUCCCCAUGGUCGGCGAAGACGGAACCGUAAUGGGAUUGUACAAUCCAGCUUUCGAAAAGACGAGGCGGAAGAUCGCUGAGCGACGCAUGCUCACCUUACGAGAAGUCGGUGAACGAACUGCAACUGCACGGGAUGUGAAGGGCUUUUGGGGGCAAGUCCUGAUUGCCUUGACUGAGAACGACUACGAUACGCCUUUUGCUCUACUUUAUUCCGUAUCCGAUGACAACGACAGCGACUCCUCUUCUUUAUACUCUAACAGUCUUCUUGGCACGAAGACUUGCUACCUGGAAGGAAAAUUGGGCGUCCCAACCCGCCACCAGGUUGCGCCGGAGCAGAUCGAUCUAAAAGAAGGCAACGAAGGCUUUGGUCCUGUCUUUCGCGAAGUUAUGAAGACCGACAAACCCGUUGUGUUGAGCAUUGGCUCCGGAGAUCUACCUUUAGAGAUGAUGGAGGGUCUUGCAUGGCGCGGUUUCGGAGACCCUUGCCGUGAUGUGGUGGUCUGUCCUAUUCAUCCGACAACGGGAGAGUCAAUACUCGGGUUUCUGGUGCUGGGUAUCAAUCCGCGUAGGCCUUACGAUGACGACUACAACCUCUUUAUACAGCUCCUAAGUCGGCAGCUAGCCACCUCUCUAGCAUCUGUAGUCCUCUUCGAAGAAGAGAUACGCAGAGGGCAGAAAGCAGCAAAACUAGCAGCGGAAGACCGCUUUCAUCUGUCCGAGCAGCUCGCAGCUCGCACGCAGGAAGCUAUAGACAGUGAGACGAGGUUUACACGAAUGGCUGAAUACUCCCCGGCUGGCCUAUUCAUCGCAGAUCACGCGGGUCGCAUCACUUAUUGCAAUGACACGUGGUACGAAAUCUCUCGAGUGCCCAAGGACCCCGAGAAGACGGAUCAGUGGAUUAAUUAUGUGAAUGAGGAGGACCAAAGCCUAAUUCAAGAACAGUGGGGACGGCUGGUCGAGAAUGCUACCGCGAUCAACAUCGAGUUUCGAUUCAAAGCACCAUGGGAGGAUAGAAGUGGCAACAAGGGAGAUACAUGGGUUCUCUUUUGUGCUUUCCCGGAGAAAUACGAAGAUGGCAUGCUCAAAAGCGUCUUCGGCAGCAUUACCAACAUCAGCCCGCAGAAAUGGGCCGAAGGCUUUCAGAAGAGGAAGAUGGAAGAGGCGGUAGAACUCAAGAGGCAGCAAGAGAACUUCAUCGACAUCACAAGCCACGAAAUGCGCAAUCCUUUGAGCGCCAUUCUUCAAUGCGCCGAUGAAAUAUCGACCAUACUCACCGACUUCAAGACUUCUGGUGCGCAGGAGAUCCCGCCCAGUAUUGUAACAGAUAGCAUCGAUGCCGCUCAAACGAUUGCUUUGUGUGCACAGCAUCAGAAGAGGAUUGUCGAUGACGUCCUCACGCUGUCCAAGCUUGACAGUGCGAUGCUUAUGGUGACGCCUGUUGACGCCCAGCCCCUGCAAGUUGUUCAGCGCGCGCUCAAGAUGUUUGAAGGAGAAGUGCAAACUGCAGGCAUCCAGAUGGAUUUCGUGUUGAGCGCCUCGUACAAAGAGCUUAACAUUGAUUGGGUAAAGCUAGAUCCUUCACGAGUGCUCCAGGUGCUCAUCAACCUCACCACCAAUGCCAUCAAGUUUACUACACCGGAAUCCAGUCGCACGAUCAAAGUCAUUCUUUCUGCCUCAAAAGAGCCGCCUUCGGCCAGUAAAUCACCUCGCGUCAGCUUCUUCCCCUCAAGGUCCAAACGCGUCGACCAGACACUCGGGUCUGACUGGGGUGACGGAGAAGAGAUCUACCUUGAGUUUGCGGUGCAAGACACGGGGCGAGGCCUCAAUGCCGAAGAGAAGAAAUUACUCUUUCAACGCUUUUCACAAGCAAGCCCCCGUACGCAUGUUCAAUAUGGAGGCUCUGGCCUUGGCCUGUUCAUCUCACGCGAACUCACUGAGCUUCAGGGAGGGGAAAUCGGCGUUGCUUCCGAAGCCGGAAAAGGAAGCACCUUUGCUUUCUACAUCAAAUGUCGAAAGACAGCCGAACCGAAGGAUGCCGCCGGGCAUAUACCUAUGUCACUAGCACGACAGCUAUCAAAUGCUAGAGGAGGGCCCCGAACGGAGCCGCCCAAGAUCAGAGACUUCGCAGCGGUGCCGAAGGAGGCUGUUGUGGCGGAUAUCAAGGCUCGGAGACCGGAUUUGAAGGUUUUGAUCGUGGAAGACAAUCUCGUCAAUCAGAGGGUGCUGCAGCGUCAACUUCAGAAUCACGGCGUAACGACAUAUGUUGCGAACCAUGGUGGCGAAGCACUUGAAAAGCUCAAGCAAUCGCAAUACUGGAAAGAGCAUGGGCCUGGCGCGCCAGACGUCGGCGUCGUACUAAUGGACAAGGAAAUGCCAGUCAUGGACGGUUUGCAGUGCACGAGCAAAGUCCGGGAACUUGAAGCUCAAGGCCUUUUCAAAGGCCAUGUACCCAUCAUCGCGGUCACAGCGAACGCGAGAAGCGAGCAAAUUGCGACGCUUCUAGCUGCUGGCAUGGAUGAUGUCGUCUCGAAACCAUUCCGCAUCCUAGAGUUGAUACCCAAGAUCGAAGAACUCACAAUGAAAUACCCCGAUACCCUCAGUCCGGACCCUCUAGGACUGGUUGUCCCCAGUAAGCCGUCUAUUACACCUUACUCGAUAUGA